CAGUACGAGGAAUACAGACAACAAAACAUCAUCCAUGCUGAUCGUUUUGCAGAAUUCAAUCGUUUUCUGAAGUCAUCGCCCGAGCCAGGAAGCCUGAAAAGAAAACCGCACGAGUUCUGUAACAAAACGGAUAAAUUGCGUGAAAGCCGAGGCACGCACACGAGACCAUCCAAUCCUUCCACCACGUCGUCCUCAUUACAUUAACGACUCGGCGUUCAAAUAACAUUGAAUACACCUAUCAGAAUAUCAUUUGUCUUSAAAUCCCUCAUUAAUUUUAUGUUGAUUACAUGUGAGACGCAAUUACAGUAAAAUGAAAUCGUCAACCUUCCUCCCUGCUGCGGUGUCAGCUUUUCUAUUCAUUACGGCGCAGCCUUCAGAGGCAUACAUCGCCGGUACCAAGACAAAGCCUAAAGCUCCUCUGAUCAAGAAACGCAUCGCCCGAUCUGUCGAUACGACGAAGAUCGGAUCCAUCACCGUUCCCACUGUUGGUACGGGAACCAUAUCCUGGUCGUCCAACAAGAUAUUCUCCACAGAAAACAAAGAGCUAGACAAUGUCGUCGCCGAGGCCUACCGAUCGAAUGCCGCAUUUUUCGAUACGGCGGAACGAUACGGAACGCAUUUCAAGACAGCUUUUGGCAUGGGAUACGGAGAGACGGAAAGAAUGACCAGCAAGUACCUGGAGAAAGCGAAGCUCGCAGAGGGGCCGAGCUUAGUCGAGCCCGUUGUCGCCACGAAAUUCACACCCAUUCCGUGGAGAACGACAGUCCAGAGCGUUGUGGAUGCCUGCGAACAAUCCUGCAAAAACCUAGGUGUCGACCAAAUAGAUCUGUACCAGAUACACAUGCCAGACAGUACGUUUUUGAAUGGAAGACAUUUCUUUUUUCCCUACCMCGUGGUGCACGACUGAUAACUUUGUUGCUACCCUUGUACAACUGAAUCGUCUCGUAUCUCACCAAUCGCCAAUUUAUGUUGCUUCAGUCGUCCAACCAUUGAGGGCAUUCGGAAAAGUUGAAACCAAGGACAGGAUUUAUUGGGAAGGAUUGGCCGAAUGCUAUAAUAGAGGACUUGUGAAGAACGUUGGUGUGUGGUAAGUGUCCCAGAUAGGUAUUUAAAUUCUCCUGCCUGCAACCCCAGUCUGUACAAUUCCACCUAACACUCAUAAUCAAUUUUUUGCUGUAUUCUUUUCUCUGAAAAUAGCAAUUAUGGACCUACUCUUGUGGAACAGUGUCACGAGGCACUUGCAGAGRAGGGUGUUCCUCUAGCUUCGAAUCAGAUUUCAUAUUCAUUGUUGGGAAGACACAACGGAUCUCAAGAAACUAUUGACAAGUGCAACCAAUUAGGCGUCAAAGUUCUCGCAUACUAUCCAUUUGCAAUGGGUUUGCUGACUGGAAAGUAUUCGAACGCGUUCAUAAGUGAAAAUGAUUCGCUCAAUGGUAGGAAGAAGUCGAACCUGGAACUUGCAGAUUUAGAAAGGUAUGCGUACGGUGACGGUGAAUCCAUUCCCGAGGGGGGUAUUCAGCCUUUGCUCAAAACAAUGGCAACUAUUGCCAAGCGGCGAAAGAAAACCCUGGCGCAAAUCGCCCUGAAUUAUAUCAUUAGCAAGGGAGCUGUUCCAAUCCCAGGAUGCAGAACAGUAGAGCAGCUCGAGGAUAACCUGGGGGCAAUGGGCUGGAGGCUUUCCCCAACAGAAGUCAAAAUGUUGGAGCUAGAGGCAGAUAAGCUAGGUUUUGGUUUCGAUGGGGCAGGAUUCAAACGAACAAACGAAAAGUUUGUGGGUUACGGUGUUGAAAAAUGGACAUUGGAUUGAGAACAAUAUACUCGAUGAAGAAGUUAUGUUCAAAUCGAUUUCUAGCGCAAAGCAAAACAAGAUAGUGGCAAUGGUAUAAGGAAUUCAUUUUCUACUUUYUAAUCUCACUUCGGGUCUACCAAGAGACCGACAAGUGCUCAAAGAAGAGCAGUGAGACCGUCAGAAUCUAUUCUGACCCGCGUUCAUGCCAUUGCAAGCAGGAAGACGCCUCAAAUUAUUAACGAGACUGGUGCACGCGAUCAUCGUGCUAUGGUAGUCAAUUUCAAGCCCCUCCCUUUAUGACACCAGUCUGCAGUACGAGAUAAAAUUCAUCGUGCUGAUAGCUGUAUAUAAAAACAAGAUUUCAGA